AAGGAAAGGCUCUACGUUGGGAACUUGCAUCCGACCGUCGAUGAGUACACACUGCUGCAGGUCUUCACAAAGUUCGGCAAAGUGUCCAAGCUCGACUUCUUGUUCCACAAGACGGGUCCCUUCAAAGGAAAGCCCCGCGGAUAUGCCUUCGUCGAGUUCGCCGAUGCAAUUGACGCUCAGAAGGCACUCGAACGCGCGAACGAUAAGCUGUUGCGCGGGAGGAAACUCGUCAUCACCCAUGCACAUCAAGCGCCACUCGAUCAAGGCGGGCAGUUCGGCGCGCGACCGAGGAGGAUCAUGAACGAUGCGGGGAAGCCGACGACGCUAAGCCUGCUGAAGAGCGCAUCCACCGGCCGAUCAGACCUCACAGACGCAAAGAUCGCUCGGAUGGAGGCGAAAUUGCGGGAAUUGGAGAAGUCGUCC